UUGACUCCUCCUUUCUUUCCUUUUGUUUAUGUACUUUUGAUGAUUUAUGAAUGUGAUGAACAUGACCUUAUAUUGAAUGAAUCCCGUGUCUCCAAUCCAUUGAUACCACAGACAGACUGGACCUGUGUAACAAUGUUGCUGUUGUUCUAACGGUGUCCAUUUUCUCUCUGUAACUGCCUCUAUUCGUUUGACUUUUCUAUCAAUGUGCAUCCCCAAGAGCCAAGCUGGUGACCCCCACAUAUAUCCCACAUCACUAACCUACACGACCAAAUCUCAACCAGCCUCUGUCUGGGAAAUUAACGACUAAAAUUGUGCAAUAUCUUGCAUAUUCACCGCGGUACGUGUUUGUCAAUUGUUCUUAUUAAGAACAGCUCAUCCCUGUGCUGUUUUUUUCUCGAAAUUUGACGAGAUUUGACAAUUAGGGCGGUCUUCCAAUCCAAACUUGAGUUUCUCGAGAAUUUCGUUAUAAAAAGUGCUGCUCUCAAUCCCGUGUAUUGUCGUACGCUUGUUUGUAUAAUUUCUGCUGUAUAUUACAUUGUUCUUUUUCUUUCCUUUCUCUCUGUCUAUUUCUCUUUUUCUACAUUCGGUGUUAAAGACUAUAAAAAAAAAUGGCUGCUACUGGUUGGGAGCAAAGUAACAUUUACUAUACCCCUGUCCUUCCUGGAGAACAGCAGGAGGAUUCUAAGGCAAACUAUGAACGGAGUUUUGUUCGUUUUCUGGAAGAGUUUGUUAUUGAUGGAAAUUUUGUGUAUCGGACGCAACUACGUGACAAUCUUCUGGUUAAAAAAUACUGCCUGGAAGUCGAAGUAAAACACUUAAUCAGCUUCAAUGAAGAUCUCGCACACUUAUUAUCAAGUGAACCAGCAGAAAUGCUGCCUUUGUUUGAAUCUGCUAUUACAACUGUCGCUAAACGACUGCUUUUUCCUCGCGAUCAAGAAGCUGUUGAGAUUCCAACGUGCCAACUUAUCCUGCGUUCCGACGCUAAUGUCCUCUCCAUUCGAGACUUGAAUGCUGCACACAUAUCUCGUCUGGUCCGUGUUCCUGGAAUCAUCAUUGGUGCCUCGACACUGUCUUGUCGUGCUACAAAACUUCAUUUGGUAUGCCGAAGUUGUGGAAACUCAAAGUCUAUCUUCGUUACCGGUGGCUUUUCCGGUAUCCAAAUUCCGCGUGUCUGUGACAGCCCGGUGCUGGAGGGCGAACGCAAGGAUUGUCCUAUGGAUCCCUAUAUCAUUGAUCACUCUCGUUCCACAUUUAUUGACCAACAAGUGUUGAAGCUCCAGGAGGCUCCUGACAUGGUACCGGUUGGUGAACUGCCACGUCACGUUCUUCUGAACGCAGACCGCUACCUAACAAACUUGAUUUCGCCAGGUACGCGUUGUGUCAUUACAGGAAUUUUUUCCAUCUUUCAAAACAAAGCCGUUAAGGCAAAUGGAGCUGUUGCUAUUCGGAACCCCUACAUUCGGGUUCUGGGUAUACAAAGAAACGACGAUGACGGAACUAAGUCCAUUCCUCUUUUUAGUGAAGAGGAAGAGGAACAAUUCUUAGAAAUUUCACGUACUCCUAAUCUUUAUCAGAUUAUCGCAAACAGCAUUGCACCAGCAAUUUACGGUAAUGAAGACAUUAAGCGUGCUAUUGCUUGUUUGUUGUUUUCUGGAUCCAAAAAAAUUCUACCAGAUGGAAUGCGGCUACGUGGUGAUAUUAAUGUUCUGCUGCUUGGUGACCCUGGUACUGCAAAAUCCCAAUUCCUGAAGUUUGUUGAACGUGCCGCUCCUAUUGCCGUGUACACAUCUGGUAAAGGUUCUUCGGCCGCCGGUUUGACUGCCUCUGUUCAACGAGAUGCAGCCACUCGAGAAUUCUACCUAGAGGGUGGAGCCAUGGUACUUGCAGACGGAGGUGUUGUAUGUGUUGAUGAGUUCGACAAAAUGCGUGAUGAAGAUCGUGUCGCAAUUCAUGAAGCAAUGGAGCAACAGACUAUCUCAAUCGCAAAAGCUGGCAUCACUACCAUCUUAAACUCUCGAACAUCUGUUCUCGCUGCUGCUAAUCCUAUCUUUGGCCGUUACGAUGAGAUGAAGUCUCCGGGUGAGAACAUUGACUUUCAAACUACUAUUCUUUCAAGAUUUGACAUGAUUUUCAUUGUUCGUGACGAACAUGACGAAACGCGUGAUAAAAACAUUGCUAAGCAUGUUAUUAGCUUGCAUACCAAUUUGCAAGAUGCCCCAGAAACCUUAGCAAUUGGUGAGAUUCCCCUUGACAUUUUCCGUCGUUACAUCAAUUAUUGUCGGCAUAGGUGCGCUCCCGUACUGACGGCUGAAGCCGCUGAAAAACUCUCGAGUCAAUUUGUUUCUAUUCGAAAACGUGUCCAUCAGGUUGAGAGUGAAAGUAACGAACGUUCAACGAUUCCCAUUACCGUUCGUCAACUAGAAGCCAUUAUUCGAAUUACUGAAGCACUUGCAAAGAUGACCUUAAGCAGCGUGGCUACGGAAGAGCAUGCAAAUGAAGCUAUUCGGCUGUUUUUGACGUCUACUUUGGCCGCUGCAACGUCAAACUCACCAGAGGUCACAGAAGAAGUUAAAAAAAUCGAAGCAAGUCUUAGGAAGCGUCUGCCUAUUGGUUUUCAAGCUAGCUAUAGAAUGCUUGUCCGUGAAUACGUUAACGGUCAUGGCUACUCUCAACGAGCACUUGAAAUGGCUUUGCAAAUUCUAGCAGGAAAAGAAACAAUUCAAAUGAGAAAUGGUGGACAGACAGUUUAUCGUGCUGGUGUCUAAAUUUUUAUUUUAUGAACUUGUUUUUAAAUGUCCUUGCAUGUAGUGUUAUUUAAUAAUGGAUUUUUUUAAAUUGUUCGUUGCA